CGCGUAAGUUUCGCGCUCAUAUUGACGAAGAGUGUGGGUUGUUUGUAAACUGAUGAAUUAAUAACGGCUGUAAUUUGGUAUUGAGGUGAAAUUUACAGCUAGAAGAUGAGAAAUGUGACUCAACCAUCACUGAUUUGCCAGCGACAGACCGGUUUAAGGGCUUCUGUCGGUUAUGACUUCGCUAUUAAGCGUUUGAAGUGCUAUGAAACAGGAGACUCUAGAGGCUCUUCUGCUGUUGUACCUCCUACAUUUGCCUGCAGAUUUUGUGGUGUAACUAACUAUGAGUAUCUUCUGGCAUUGGCAGAUGAAGAUGGAAAGAUUGCUAUCCAGAACACAAGACUCAAAUCCAAGAGUAAUCUGAUGGAAGGAUCACAAGCCCACAAUAACGCAAUAUUUGACGUUGCUUGGAUGGAUGGGGAAUUCAAAUUGGUUAGUGUAUCUGGAGACAACACUGCAGUUCUCUGGGAUGUUUCCAACUCUCAGAUGAAGGAAAUUGGGAAAUUUGAGUCUCACACUCGCAGUGUUAAGACAGUAACUUUCAAGCCAAAGGACAAAGCAAUUUUUGCUACUGGAGGAAGAGAUGGAAUGAUCAUGAUAUGGGAUGCACGCACAGCCAGUGGAUCUCGUCAGUGUAAACCUGAUAAUUACAUAUCAAAUAGCCAUCAUCUACCAGGUCUUGUAGCAGGUACUGCUUCAAAAUGUCGGAGGACUAAGUGUCUCCUGCCAUCACGUGCAGAUAGUGUCACAGGACUUGUAUUUCAAGACGAAAAUACAUUAAUAUCAUGUGGAGCUGGAGAUGGACAAAUAAAAAUUUGGGAUUUACGAAAGAAUUAUUCAGCAUAUAAGAGGGAUCCUUUACCAAAACUACAUUUACCAUAUGCUGGAGGAACAUCAAAAAAUGGAUUUACAGAUCUGCUGCUUGAUCCUGGCAAUGUGAGACUAUAUGCGAGUUGCAUGGAUAGCACAGUUUACUGCUACAAUGUUUCUACUUAUGAGAAACAACCAGUUUCAACAUACUCUGGGCAUGAAACAUGUUCAUUUUAUGUUAGAACUUGCUUAAGUCCAGAUGGCCAAUAUCUUGUAAGUGGCUCUAGUGAUGAAAAGGCUUAUAUUUGGAAUACCAGCCAGCCAGGUAGACCAGUGACAACACUGGCUGGACACUACUUAGAAGUUACAUGUGUUGCAUGGUGUCCUGUUGGUGAUAUACAGAUUGUAACGUGCUCAGAUGACGCGCAUGUCCGUUAUUGGGAAGUUGGUAAUGAAUACGAAGAGUACAAUGAAGUGGAGAUUCGAGGGUGGGCAGAAGACAUUGUUUCUCCAGGCCUGGUUCCAAGGCAAAAGCUUAGAGGUGUUGCAGAAAAAAUUGUGGGGCCCACAUUUCACCAGGCACAAAACAUUGUGGCCACUUUGGAAACAACACCCAGAUCCCACAAAAAAUACAUCUUCAAUCAUCAGAGAACACCAGUUGUAUCAGAUAUGCAAACACCAGAGUUGGAGGAAUGCCAGAGUUGUAACAGUGGCAAACUGGUAACACCCUGUUCAAAAUGCUUAUCUGCAAAGGAUAGAACUACAUCCGUUAGAGAGAGACAUUCAUUGAAAAGGCGCUUGGAAGAUAUGAUGGAAGAUGAUGACUCACAGGGCUCUACAAAUAAGAAGCGAUCAGUUUUAUCUCCAAUUAAAGAAAACAAUGGGGAAAUGUUGGAGAGAACACCUAGUGAUUCCAGAGGUGCAAGGAGACUUUUCAGUCCUGGAGAGAAAAGUAUUGAUAUGAAAGAAGACAACAACCCCGGCUUUUGUAAUUCACGAUCUUUGUUCUCCUCUCCAACAGACAAACUCCCCAAUUAUGUUGUGGAUGGGACAUCUCCACACCACUUUUGCAACCGGAGUCCACUACAAAAGGAAAAUAUUGACUGGUUAACUAAAUUGCAGAAAGAAAAACCGUGUGUUCUAAAGGCAGCUGUUGUGUCAUCACAUUAUACACCCAAGAGACGUAAACGGUCUGGGUCAGGGGCUGAUGGCAGCAUACUCAAAUUUUUCCGUGUAUCAGGAAAAGCAAAUAGUGAACAGUCAAUUUUCUCUAAUAUCUCUGUGCACUCAGAUGAGUAUGAAAAGUAAAGUCUGUGUGUGUGUGUCAAGGAUGAGGAUGAACUGAAUUUAAUGCAAGAGAGAAUGGAAGUAAUUUAUAUGUACAUGUAAGUUGACUAAAGGAAUAUCUCCUGCCAGUUUGACUAAGUAAAAUGUGAUCAAUUUUAUGUAUUUAUAAAAAUAAUUUUAGUUUUGUUAGAUUAUGUUGAGUGGUAAUGCAUAGACCUAUAGAUACACAUAAAGGAUUUGAUCUGUUACACAGAUUCUGAAGGUGAUCUGUGCACUAGAUCAAUACUUAUUAUAAAAAUAGAAGACAGACAGACAGAUUCAUUUCACUAACAAUAGUUAGUGGUUACCAAAGAGUUCAUCACAUCUUUGAUUAUGAAAGCUUGGAACUAGAUUUCAGGUUUUCAGACUUUUGAAUGAUUGCCUUUUACUCGCCUGCAGACUCUCCAUAUAAGAAGAAAUCAGCUUUUGUUUAAGUUGAAUGUUCUGUCAUUUCAUGUUUGCAUUCUCACAGCUGUAUAAACAUUACUAUAUGUGUACAUGUUGUGAUAUGAAAUCGUAUCAUUUGGAUUUUCAAGGAAAUAGAAGAGCUGACAAUAUGUAUAUAUGUGUAUAUAUAAUGAGAUUUUGUCUACAGCAAUGCAAUGGCUGAAAUAAAUACUUGUUGAAGUAAAUGCAACCUGUAACACUUAAUAUUUUCACGUUUCAUCAUCAUUUGCCAUCAGUCUAAUGUCAUGCCUUCCAGUUAUACAGCAAAGCUGCAUCUGUGUGUUUUUUUGUAGAAUGUCCAAUCCAUACACGGAUUAUUUUUGUGGACUUAGCACGUAACUCUAAGGAGAACAAAAUUUUGGAGAUUAUUCAGGGAUAUGACUUGUGGGCUUUGGUGACUCAUUACAGAGUAAUAAUGCAAUUAUGCUUUUAUUUGGUUAUUAUCCCAAUUAUCUUUGUUUCUGUGAAAAGACCUCCAUAUCAGUGAAAAAGUAUGUAAUAUGCUGUUAACAAAAUGUAUAACACAGAACUAUCCUGUUCUGUGGAAUUGAUAAGAAUAUGGCAAGGUGAUUGGCACACCCAGUUUAUGCCUUUUGGUCUAGGAGUCGGUGUUUUGGCGAAUGCAGGGGUUUCUCUUGCUUAUGAGUAGGAUUCAUUGCACUCCAUUAGCGUUAAAUGAAGGGCACUCGGUCACAUAACGAACUGCAGCCUAUGUCUGGCAUCCUGGGGCUUUAAUUCUUGCUCAGUUGGAUAUUGUAAGGAUGCAGUUUAAGGUAUUUUUGCAGAAUUUGGGGCAGUAAUGUUCUCUACACUUUUAAAGAACUUGGACACUUAACGGAUGAAGAGGUUAGGAUCAUCACGAACAGACUAAUUUACACUCCCCACAGAUUCGCGUGUUCUUAAUAACGACCUUGGUCGCCCGGGUGGUCCGCUCCUGAGAAGCACUCCAUAAGGAUUGGAUUCCUAAAGGCCAAGCAAGCAAUGAAUGUACCCGCCACUCUCCACAGAUUUGGUGCGCAUGCACAGAGAGCUCUUAAAAUAUAAACUUUCCUUGAGACACCCGAUAUUUUCAGUCAUGGCUACCAUCCGUUAGAUAUUUACAUCUUUAUUUACCAGUUUCAAUCCUUUAUAUUGAUAAUGUUGAGACUAUUGGCAAGCAAGGGAAACUUAUUUCAGCUAUUAUGAACAAAAUCUCUGAUCAAUUAACAAAUAACCAAAUAUAGCUGAGCACCCUUUUCUCAAUUUCUGUUG